AUGUUAAGGAUGAACCCGCCAAGGUUUAAUCAACUAGAACCCAAAAAUUCGAACUUUGACAGAGUCAAACCAAAGAGUCCUUGUUUUUCAAUUACUCCCAAAGGAAUAAAAGUUACCGGAACCGAUUGUCAAGGACUUUUUACCGAUUUGACUCAGGAGAACGAUUUCACACUUGAAAAACACGGUAUAGGCACCUCUUAUCGUCGUGUGUCGCUAAGCGACUUGGAUUAUCAAAUGUGGUUAAAAAAAUUGGGAGAAGGGCUUUCCUCAUAUCUGAGGAAUAAUGAAAAAUUGGAGAUCGACAAGGAAUCCGUUACACUAGAAGAUUUUCCUGAUGGAUAUGUACUAUUGUCGCAUUCGAGAUGCUAUAAGGGCAGAGCUUCGUUAAGAAGCGACAAAGUGCUAUACGGUCACCACUUUUACAAAUCCCCGCAAGAAUUCUUACCGCACUUAAUAUGGCUGGUUACCAACAAAACAUUGAUUUGUCGGUGUAAACAUUGCGCCGCCGAGUAUACAGGCAUCGAAAGACGUGCAAGGGCAUCCUCAAAACCUGGUUCGCCAACUUCCUUGUCACAAGUCGUUUCCUCACAAACACCUGCAAAGAGGAAAAGAACACAUUCGAACUUUGUGCUCGACAAGCUAUCUCAAAAUGAUCAUAAGAUAUAUACGCUUUAUAGAUGCGGGGAGGUCGUGUGGAUUGACUUGGAAAAGAUAGAGAUCAAGAAAUUAGAGCUUCUUAAAGACGAUUCGGUUAGUCACGGUGUUACAAUUAGGUAUUGGCCAGGAAUUAUAAUGGAAAGGAAGAAAGCUCCGAUACUUGAUUCAUGUAGAGAUCCCGUGUCCGCUACUUCGACUACCGCCGGGUCGUCAGCUAGUUCGAGUACAUCAGGCGAUUCUUUGACACGGUUCAAGGUCAUUUAUUGCGUUCAAUUGGUGGGUUUAUGUGAUUUGGUCAUAACCGAUCGGUUGAAGAUGGCUCCUUGGGUUGCAUAUGAUCCGAAUAUUGACACACAAAACGUAUCAUCCUCUGAUAAACCAAGUGUUCAUCAGUUAUAUGCUCAAGCAAUCCAACGAGUUAAAAUAAUAUCAAAAUCAUGCACUCCUCUUAAUCCUUACAGACACAUAGAACAUUCUAAUAAGAUCCGGAAAAUUAGAAGUCUUAAGGAGAAAGCUCGGUUGAGGAAAAUGAGUCAGUUUCCACAUUAUAAGGCUAUAAUUAUUGGCUCUGAAGUGGUUUGUUUAGAGGACAUUGUUCGGUUGACCCCGAUUGAAAAAACCGAACAAUCGAUCGAACCCGAUCCCAAAUUUUUGUUUGUUACUUCCAUAUAUGAAGAUCCAAAUAGGGGUAUUCAAUUCACAGGAGAUGGUUUGUGUAAAGGAGAUCUGUGCAGUACAAAUCGUAAGAGAAAGAUAAGCGAUUAUGAUUGGAACCCUAUCAAUACAAAGAAUGAAGAGUUCACCAUCGAUUUGGAAGAUAUAGCGGGCCGAUUCUAUGUAUCAUAUCCUAAUAUCUCGGUUACCAUGGAGGCUGAUACGCCAACGACUUUACAGGAUCGUUACAAUACCUUAGGAAUCGCUUGUGAUGACAAUCUAACGUUGGAUGUUUCUCCUACCAUUUGA